UGUAAAGCAUUUUAUUUUUUCCUAAUACUUUUUUCUGGAAAUAGUGUACAUACAAAAAAAAACCAAGAAUAGAGAUUAAAACAUGGAAGCUGAUGGACCUUCAGGUUUUCGUAAUGCACCUGUGACCAAAUUCUUGGUACCUAUUGUAGGUGGUUGUUCUGCUCUGGCGGCCGUACUUAAUGCUAAACCUCACAUGGUAAUUCAACUCUCUCAACUAACCAUGGAUGGUCAAUUCUGGAGAUUAUUUACCUCGCAUUGGGCUUUUGGAAGCAUCGGAACAUCCGUAGUAGGCACUUGGUUAAUUUAUAAAAUGAAAAUUGUGGAAAGACGUUACGGAAGCUCCAAAUAUGCAGCUCUAGUGUUUAUUUCAUUUGUCGCGUCUACAUUGCUUCAAACAGGUGCUUUAGUCUCAGGACUUGGAUUUAUCAAAUCCAUUGCGAGUGGACCUUAUGCUAUACUAUUCUCGAUCAUGUAUCAGUUCCAAAAGAUUGUGCCUGCCAGUCAUCAGACAAGUAUGUUGGGUUUGAAAAUCACCGACAAGACCUACGUGUACUUGGCUGCAGCUCAGUUAUUCUUGUCUAGUUCUAGUGCGUCUAUUAUACCUUGUGUGUGUGGUAUUGUUGUAGGAGCUAUCUAUGAUCAGACACGAGCCAAGACAUGGCGUUUCCCUCAAUGGAUACAAAGAUUUGGCCGCAAUUAUCUAUCACCCCUAUUGACAAGUAAAAGUAAAAAGAAGCCUAGUAGACAACCCACCACUGCCAACGUGCGACCAAGAAGUGCACCCGCACCUCCUAUUGACGAGGGUGAUAUUGACAUCAUGUUGGGCAUGUUCCCCAAUUAUACAAGACAGGAUAUUAAAAAUGCUUUAAUCAAAUCCAAAUCGGAUUUGAAUCGUGCAGCAGAAAUUCUAUUGACAACAGAACCAAGUGCUAGUGGUAGUCAAUAAAAAAAAAAUUAUUCUCUUUAUUAGUAUUAUUUAAGCAA